GCAGCGGCAGCGUCAAGCGUUCCACUCCAGCGCCGACCCGGACUCGGACCCGGACCCACAGCCUCUCCAGCGGCGACGCGGCCAGCAGGGCUCCCCGCAAGAACUUCCCGGGCGUGGUCCCGCCGCCUUCAGGAGCCCCAGGGGCGCACCUGCAACCUCUCCGCCGUCUGCACCUGCCGCCUCUCAACCAGCGCGGGAGCCCGAGCGAGCCAUGGCCAACGCAGGGCUGCAGUUGCUGGGCUUCAUCCUGGCCUUCCUAGGCUGGAUCGGUUCCAUCGUGAGCACUGCCAUGCCCCAAUGGAAGAUUUACUCCUACGCCGGCGACAAUAUCGUGACUGCACAGGCCAUCUACGAGGGGCUGUGGAUGUCGUGCGUGUCGCAGAGCACCGGGCAGAUCCAGUGCAAAGUCUUCGACUCCUUGCUGAAUCUGAGCAGUACUUUGCAAGCAACCCGCGCCUUGAUGGUCAUUGGUAUCCUGCUGGGACUGAUAGCAAUCUUUGUGGCCACCAUUGGCAUGAAGUGUAUGAAGUGCAUGGAAGAUGAUGAGGUGCAGAAGAUGCGGAUGGCUGUCACUGGGGGUGUGAUAUUUCUUAUUGCAGGUCUGGCUAUUUUAGUUGCCACAGCAUGGUAUGGCAAUAGAAUCGUUCAAGAAUUCUAUGACCCCAUGACCCCAGUCAAUGCCAGGUAUGAGUUUGGUCAGGCUCUCUUCACUGGCUGGGCUGCUGCUUCUCUGUGCCUUCUGGGAGGUGGCCUACUUUGCUGUUCCUGUCCCCGAAAAACAACCUCUUACCCAACACCACGGCCCUAUCCAAAACCUACACCUUCCAGUGGGAAAGACUACGUGUGAUACAGAGGCAGAUGGAGAGGAUCCUGCUGGAACAAACAGAAAAAGGACAUUGAAAUACUAUCAUUGACAAUAGGACUUUAGACUUUCAACUAUUAUAAUCUGAACUAUGGCAUUACCAAAAAAAAAAAAAAAGAAAAGAAACAAACCAAGAAACCCAUAUUUUUUUAAAUACCUAUUGCUAGAAAUGGCUUAGUUGUAUUUUAUCUCUUUUCCUCAAUACAAGAGGGAAGCCCUUCCAUUUGUAUUACUGCUUCCCACUGAGUAAUCACACUCAAAGGGUGGGGGUACUCCUUAAGUAUAUAUAGAUAUGUAUAUAUUCAUGUUUUUCUAUUAAAAACGUAGACAGUAAAA